GCGAAUCGGCUUUCCCCGCCCAGAUUGGGCGCCAAGUAACGCGGGCUGAGAAUUUGUGCUCUAGGCCACCGCUCGGGGGCGCCCGGUGGACCUUGGGCGGCUGGAAAGCCUCGGAGCCCCCGGAACCGCCGAGUUUGGAACCUGGAUUUACCUCCCCAAAGAGUGCUUUGGUAGAAGAAAGAUGAAUCGUUUCUCAAAGGCAGCAAUUACUGGUGCUCGAAAAUCAGUUCAUCCAAGCUGGGUAAAAGGCCACAGAGUAAUUUUGCCAAGUAUUGAAAGGAAAAAGAAAGCAUCCCUAAGUCAGAAAGAUAUUGCAGCUCUAACAAUACAAAGAGCUUGGCUAUCUCAUAUGGACAAAAGAGUAUUUUAUCUCCUAAAGCACACAAUUUUUGCAGCGGCAUCCACUGAUGCUUGCAAAUUACUGGGGAAGAAGUUGUUUCAUGAACAAAUUGUGCAAGAUGAACGUCUUUCCCCGGAGUUCAAAACAACUGAUGAAACAGACAUGGUCACCUUGCAGGAUGGCGUGAGAUAUUGUAGCCUACUGGAUAAGAUCCCUGCAUCUUCUGGUGGAAGAAAUAACAGUUGCAGAAGAGUAAGCCUCGAUGACAUUCCCAGGACAAGGAUAAUGUAUGCAGAAUUGGGAAUAAUCUCAAACCGUCUAUGAAAAGAAGCGAAGCAUCUGUUACAGAGACCACAAACAGAAGACAUACUCCAGGACCAGCUACAUGUUGCUUCUGAAGUUAGGUACAGUUCGUAUGUGUCAAGGAACCAAACUUUAUAUCGGCCCCACCAACAGCAAAGUCAGAUUAAACAAAUGGGUUGUCGAUCCAAGCAAGCAAAAAUGAAAGUUGAAAAAAUGAAAAAAGCUUAUGGAAUGGCAAGAGAAAUAAACACUUCUGUGGGGACUGUUCUGCUUGCUUAUUAAUACACCGAGGCCAUCUCUUUCCCAGAGGAUCUGGCAGCAGUCAACACACUAG